AUGCCUCGUCUACCACCACGUGAAGUUCCAGAAUACGAGGCGGUGGUCGAUCCGGCCGAUGCAAGUUCGGUGGUGGACGAUAUUCAGAGCCAUCAUGCACAAGCGUCUGUUCCGUCGCAGGCUAAACGCCCGCGUCUUAACACGGCUGAUUGUGAGGGAUAUUCACUCCCCGCAAUUGGGGAAAAACUACCCAAUCUGCCCUCUGAACGGAGUAGUAUGGGCGUAUUGUCGUUACCCAAACAAGAUCCCAUGGCCGAUAUUGACGACGAAUGUGACAUUCAAAGGGAACUUGUUCUGACCCGGGACUUCACGGAAAUUUUGCCCGUUGAAUUGUCGCUUCGAAUUUUAUCCUACUUGGCUCUAUAUGACAUCCUUGAAUGUGCUAAAGUCGACUGGAAGAUGGUCUUCCGGCGAAACGUCGAGUCCCAGUGUAACUGGCGCCAUGGUACCCACUUAAAGCCCAUUGUGCUUUCAGCUCAUCACAAUCAUGUCAUCACUUGCUUAGAGGUAUACAAUGACUGGGCAAUCACCGGUUCUGACGAUUCAAGCAUAUGCAUUUGGAGCAUUACUCGCGGGUCGCUAUUGAUCAACUUGUUCGGACAUAUUGGUGGCGUCUGGUCCCUCACGGUUCUUGCACCGAAUAGUGGUGGACAUGAGCAACGACCACUCCUGGUAUCCGGAAGCUGUGAUCGAACAGCUCGUGUUUGGCUGCUUGAUGGUCUUCGAUGGCCUUGCAUAGCCACACUCUUUGGACAUCAGUCUACUGUACGUUGUCUAGCGGGUCAGCGGGCAGUAAGCAGUUGCUUCACUCAUGGGCAAAAAGAGUGGAGCUGUUUCGACCAGAACUCUGAAGUCCAUACAAUCGACAUUGACAAUCAGGCGACUGGUUUGCCUUCCACAACGGAACAAUCAACUGUGGUCGAUGCAGAAUCAGGCAGAUUACGACUUGUGGCCACUGGCAGCAGAGACACAACCGUCCGUUUAUGGAAUGCCCUCUCGGGUCGUUGUCUGCGACUGUUUGAAGGCCACCGUGGUGCCAUAAGAUGUGUUCAGUUCAACGAAUGGAAAGUCGUUUCCGGAAGCUACGACUGCACUGUACGCAUAUGGAGCAUAGUAACCGGUACUUGUCUAAACGUACUGAUUGGCCACGAAAAUCGAGUCUACACACUCGUGUUUGAUGGUGUGCAUGUGAUCACCGCAAGUCUGGACACAACGAUUCGUGUUUGGAGCGCCUCUACCGGUGAACUGAGACACACCUUCCGUGGACACCGUUCGUUGACAAGCGGAAUGGCGCACGACACGUACUCUCGGGUUUUGGUAUCCAGCAAUGCUGAUGAGACCCUGCGCAUCUGGGAUCUACAGACAGGUCACUGUUUGCACACUCUGGCAGGUUUAUACAAACAUCACUCCGCGGUUACCUGCGUCCAGCUCACGAGAAACUUCGUCGUUUCGUCCAGCGAUGACGGUACGGUCAAACUCUGGGACCGCGUGUCCGGCGCUUAUGUCCGCGAUCUCAUUCGGCUGGACGGUGCUGGUCGUGGAGGUGUUGUGUGGCGCAUCGUGGCAUCCGAAGACAAGCUUGUAUGUGCAGCUGGGAGCCGUAAUGGCAUGGAAACCACGAAGUUGAUAAUACUCCACUUUGAUAGGGCAUGUGCAAAACCACCGGAUCUACAUCGCACCUGUUCAAAGAGAUCCAAACCUGCCCCACCACCACGACUGAGUGAGGUCCUUGCAGCUCGAUCGACCUACACCAGUGAAACAGUUCAGACUAAUGUCUAGAGCAACCAUUGUAUAUAAACCUAUUUUUGUCUUCUAAUGCGAAGAUUUACGAGUGUUCACCCAAUUAUACAUAUUUC